UUGGCAAAAACCCUUGACCGCCCGUUUACGCGAAGUUGCCCUUGCUGGCUGCUGCCUGCCUGUAGCCUAUUUUCAUCGUUCUUCUUCUUUCUCCCAACUAUCUCCACCACUUUCUACUACUGUUACACUGCUAAAAUUUCACUACCUGAGGCAUUUCUCUUAUACUAGUAUAGGAACCAAUGGUGAGCAAGAGGCAGAAAUUGGCCCGCAAUCGAUUUAAAGAAGAGCACCCUGAGCUCUUCCCAAAGCCAGACCCAACGCCUCCCAAAGACCCAACCAAGAAGAAGAAAAAGUUAUCCAAAUUCAAGAGGAAAAAAACGGUUUCCAAUGACCCAAGUAAUCCCAAGAAAUCCCUUAUGGGGAAAAAACACCCACUUAGAAUUCCAGGUAUGAAGCCUGGCGACAGCUGUUUCAUAUGCAAAUCACCCGACCACAUUGCCAAGGACUGCCCUCAGAAAGCUCAGUGGGAAAAGAAUAAGAUAUGUUUGUUAUGUCGGCAACGGGGUCACAGUCUUAAAAAUUGCUCGAAGCAGAAGGACGAUUCCACCGAUAACAAGUUCUGUUAUAAUUGUGGGCAGACGGGGCAUUCUCUUGCUAAGUGUCCACAGCCUCUUCAAGAUGGAGGAACACGAUUUGCCAAUUGCUUUAUUUGUAAUGAACAAGGGCACUUGAGUAAGAACUGUCCACAAAAUUCCCAUGGAAUUUACCCAAAGGGUGGCAGUUGUAAAAUCUGUGGUGGUGUCACACAUCUGGCUAAAGAUUGUCCUAAUAAAAGCAGCAAAGCUUCUAAUGCAGUUGGAGUAGCUGGCAAAGCACGGGCAGCUGAAAUUGAAGAGAGGCCUAGAGGACAAAUCACCAGGUUUAUCAGCGGUGAUGAUCUUGAAGAUGACUUCUUGGCAGGGGAUACAUUUAGUGGUAACAAAGACACGUCCUCUGAGCCCAUGACCCCGGCACCUGAUUCAAAGCAGAACGUAAAAUUGAAGACAAAACAAGGAACCAAGGUGGUGAAUUUUUUGAGAGUUGAAAAUGCACUACUCUCCCAAGAUUUUGUUGUAACUCGUAAACAUGAGAGAGAUAAGAGCAGCGUCUCCCGUUCUUUUCAGUCGAGUGCUGUUACCUGUUACUAUGUGAAAGUUAUGCUACUAGAGAACGACAUUCAGCUAUAUUGUGAGACAAGGGAAGGGACGAUUAGGGAGAGGAAAGCCGACGGUCAUGCAUGGAUCUCUCCUUCCUAUUGUCUCAUCGUUCUUGUUUUUCCUCUCCUCUUUCCUCUCUUCUUUUCGUUUGUUUGUAUUGCAGGGUUCCUUUACCCAUUAUUUGAAGAUUGCAACAUGGCGAAUGCUACAUCUGGAAUGGCUGUGGAAGAUGAGUGUAAGCUGAAGUUUUUGGAGUUAAAAGCCAAGAGAAACUAUCGUUUUAUUAUUUUCAAGAUAGAGGGUCAACAGGUGGUGGUGGAGAAGCUUGGGAGUCCUGAAGAAAGUUAUGACGAUUUCACUGCUUCUCUGCCAGCCGAUGAGUGUCGCUAUGCUGUGUUUGAUUUCGAUUUCAUCACCGACGAGAACUGCCAGAAAAGCAAGAUUUUCUUCAUUGCUUGGUCCCCAGACACAUCGAAGGUGAGAAUGAAGAUGGUUUAUGCGAGCUCAAGGGAUAGAUUCAAGAGAGAAUUGGAUGGGAUUCAAGUGGAAUUGCAGGCAACAGAUCCUAGUGAGAUGAGCUUUGACAUUAUAAAAGGACGAGCACUCUGAAUAUAUCACCUUCACUUGAUCGCCAUCACGGAGACUCGGACUCUUUUUCUAGUACUAUAAUUCCCAAGCAAUGUUAUCGAUUCGUCUUCCCUUUUUUUCUUUCUGUUCUUAUUUUUGUUUUGGUUCCCUCAAUUCAAAACUAAAACGUGUAGUGUAAUGUAAUAUUAUUGCAACCACUGUGUAAUUUGAGAUUCACAGUCUUAGCCUAAUAUACAUUGGCUUGUAACA